UACCCGAAACCAUGGCCUUAAUAAACCUCACUCCUAAGUCCUCCCUCCUCCUCCUCCUCCUCUUUUUUCUCUUCUCUAUUCUUCUUAAACCAGGUCUAAGUGCAAGGGAUACACAUGUCCUUCCCCACUUUGACACGAGCUUGCAUUCAAAGGGUUUGAGAACAGAAGGAUUUCGGAGAUGGAAUGCAAGAAGGUUGUUGAUAGGCUCCAUUGCUCCCACUUGCACUUACAAUGAGUGCAGAGGCUGCAGAUUCAAGUGCAGAUCCGAGCAGGUUCCGGUGGAUGCUAAGGAUCCGAUCAACAGCGCUUACCGCUAUCGUUGUGUGUGUCACGGGUGAUUUUGCACAAGGCUACACAAGGAGAGGAGCGUACUAGUGUGGUAUCGAUAUAGGAGAUCAUGGGUUUAGUCAUGAGAUUUUGUUCUCAUAAGGUAGCUAGUUUUGUUAUGUUUGUGUCUUAGUUUUGUCUAAUGCAAUCGUUAUUGGUCACUUCUACACGCGCAUAUCUGUGCUUGUUUAGGUACGUAUAUGGUUUGGUGAAGGGUAGGAAGAGGCGAGGUGAGGUGCAAUAUAUAAGUGCAAGGAUGGAGACAUAUUAAUCUUUAUGCUUCUUGUAAUUGGUUAGAGGGAUAAAGGAGAUGAGAUGCACCACCCUACAGUUUA